AUGAGCAAAGAACGGCCACCUGAGACACUCGAUUUCUUCAUCUGGACUGUUGAGGAUGUUGGUCUGUGGUUGGAAGAAAUUAAUCUCGGUAACUAUCGACAAAUUUUCAAAGAAAAUGGUGUUAAUGGAGAAUACUUGGAGGGGAUGUCCAUGUUUACAACUGAGCAGAUACUUUGGUUUAUAAGACGGUGCCACCUGAAAUGGGGGGACUUCAUAAUACUGUGCAAGGAACUGAGGCGAAUUAAAGUUUGUUUUGGCUAAUAUCUCUUGAUAUUCGAAUGCUUUGAGGAUAUUGCAGACUAAGCUUACGGUCAUGGAUUUGCAUCCCUAAAGUAAAUGUCAGGUUGGGCCUGAAGUAACAAACCUGGUGUUGAAAAAUGCAUAACCUUGUCAAUAAUUUAUACUGUCUCCAAUGUCUUGGUAUCCAUUUGUUUCAGCUUGUUAUUUUACAUUAGUUUGUUUUUGCUGUUUCCAAAUGUUCCUCUAGUGGCUUGCUUAAAAGGGGAACAAAACAUUCGCCGGCCAUGGUGGGCUCCCUCUUGCUUCUCACUAUUCUUCGUCAAGGUGGCAAAGCGCAACAGGCAGUCUAGAGUGGCUUCUUUGAAGCUAGAAACUUGAUACAUGAUCUGCCUACAGGACGUACUUGUAAAUUUGCUUUUGGGGAAGUAGGGAUAGGACUCUUUUUUGUCUUGAAUCUGGCAAGGUGUUGCCCGUGGUUCUCUUUUGGAGAACUCCCUUUUAUGUGCAAUCCCUUUAUAUAUACUUAUAUUUGUCUCUUUUUUUU